AAUGACGGCACGAGUUGUGCUGUUACGGUGAAAUUGUGUCGUUUUAAUUCAAUUGUAAAAUAAUGUUGUAAUUAUGAGAACUUGAUACUAGGGAUUAUUUAAAGUCUUUUUGAACUCGUUGUUGGGAAUUCACGAUAAUUAAACAUGACCACUUAUGAAGACUUUAUUCAACAAAAUGAAGACCGUGAUGGAGUACGUUUCACUUGGAAUGUUUGGCCCUCAUCACGUGUUGAUGCCACCAGACUAGUUGUGCCAUUAGGAACACUUUACCAACCAAUUAAAGAUAGACCAGAUCUUCCACCUAUACAGUAUGAUCCUGUGCUUUGCACAAGAUCUACCUGCAGAGCAAUUUUGAAUCCACUGUGCCAAGUGGAUUAUCGUGCUAAACUAUGGGUGUGCAAUCUAUGUUUUCAGAGGAAUCCUUUUCCUCCACAAUAUGCUGCCAUUUCGGAGCAACAUCAACCAGCAGAACUAAUUCCAAUGUUUUCCACAAUUGAAUAUACCAUAAUGAGGGCACAAUGCUUACCACCCAUUUUCUUAUUGGUGGUGGAUACAUGUAUGGAUGAAGAAGAACUGGGUUCUCUCAAAGAUUCUCUACAAAUGUCACUCUCCUUGCUUCCACCAAAUGCUCUUAUUGGUCUGGUUACAUUUGGAAGAAUGGUCCAAGUCCAUGAAUUAGGUUGUGAAGGAUGCAGUAAAAGUUAUGUUUUUCGUGGUACCAAGGAUUUGCAACCAAAGCAAGUUCAAGAUAUGUUAGGCAUAGGCAGGCCAGUUCCAAAUCAGAAUCCAAACCAGCAGAGAGGACCCGGUGGACAACCACUACCGCCAGCCAAUCGCUUUCUGCAGCCUGUACAUAAGUGUGAUAUGAAUUUAACGGACUUAUUAGGAGAAUUGCAACGUGAUCCCUGGCCGGUUGCUCCAGGAAAACGUCCAUUGCGUUCUACUGGUGUUGCGUUGGCUGUUGCUACUGGCCUUUUGGAGGCCAGUUAUGCCAACACAGGAGCUAGAAUAAUGUUGUUCGUCGGUGGACCUUGCUCCCAAGGACCCGGUCAAGUGGUUACAGACGACUUGAGACAGCCCAUAAGAUCACACCACGAUAUCCACAAGGACAAUGCUAAGCAUAUGAAGAAAGCAACCAAACAUUACGAUUCUCUUGCUUCACGGGUUGCAACGAACGGGCACAUAAUAGAUAUUUACUCCUGUGCUCUUGAUCAGACUGGGCUGUUGGAGAUGAGACAAUGUUGCAAUUCAACAGGUGGUCACAUGGUUAUGGGUGACUCGUUCAAUUCCUCCUUGUUCAAACAAACGUUCCAACGCGUGUUCGCUAAGGACAGUAAAGGCGACUUGAAAAUGGCAUUUAACGCGACGUUAGAGGUGAAAACGUCGCGUGAGAUUAAAGUUUCUGGGGCGAUUGGACCCUGCGUAUCUCUAGGAAUGAAAGGGUCGAGUGUUGGUGAGCAAGAAGUAGGAUUGGGUGGCACAUGUCAAUGGAAGUUCUGUUCCCUCACACCGUCUACCACUACAGCGUUAUUCUUCGAAGUCGUGAAUCAACACACCGCGCCAAUUCCACAAGGCGGAAGAGGCUGUAUUCAGUUCAUCACACAAUAUCAACAUAGUAACGGCCAACGAAGAAUCAGAGUUACUACAAUUGCAAGAAAUUGGGCAGACGCUUCGACAUCUUUACAUCAUAUAAGCGCUGGAUUCGACCAAGAAGCAGCUGCUGUUCUCAUGUCACGUCUGGCAGUCUUCAGGGCAGAGAGUGACGACGGACCGGAUGUUUUAAGAUGGGUCGAUCGUAUGCUUAUUAGACUGUGUCAAAAAUUCGGAGAGUACACAAAGGAUGAUUCAAACAGCUUUAGGCUCGCGGAGAACUUCUCUUUGUAUCCUCAGUUUAUGUACCACUUACGCAGAUCGCAAUUCCUACAAGUAUUCAAUAAUUCCCCAGAUGAAACUAGUUUUUACCGACAUAUGCUCAUGCGAGAAGACUUAACGAAUUCCUUGAUCAUGGUACAACCAAUCUUGUAUAGUUACGGAUUUAUCGGUCCUCCGGAACCAGUUUUAUUAGAUACCUCGUCUAUUCAACCAGAUAGGAUUUUAUUGAUGGACACAUUCUUCCAAAUUCUUAUAUUCCACGGAGAGACUAUUGCACAGUGGCGUCAAUUGAAAUACCAAGAUUUGCCUGAGUAUGAGAAUUUCCGACAACUGCUGGCAGCACCUGUUGAUGAUGCUGCUGAGAUAUUAGCAGGAAGGUUCCCUGCACCCAGGUAUAUCGAUACUGAACAGGGCGGUUCGCAAGCGAGGUUUUUGUUAAGCAAAGUGAACCCGAGUCAAACUCAUAACAACAUGUAUGCGUAUGGAGCGGGGAUGCCGAUACCCAGUGGGGAGAGUGGAGCGCCUGUCUUAACUGACGAUGUCAGUCUACAAGUAUUCAUGGAGCAUUUGAAAAAACUGGCUGUGUCGUCCACGGCUUAAAUUGCAGCAAUACGAUAAAAUA